AUGUCAGGGGAUUUUAUGGGAUGGAGAGGCCGGGCGCGCGGGCCUGGUGGUGCCGCCGCUGGCUCUGCGCUACGCCGCCGCGCCGCCCGCUGCCUACGGCCAGCAGGGCGCGCAGGGCCUGGAGGCUGCAGGCGCCGGGGGCUACUAGUGCAGCGUGCGCGCCAGGAGCCUGUACACCGGGGCCGAGCGGCCGGCGCACGUGGGCGUCCCCCGCCCCGCGCUGGACGAGGCCCUCUCGGACCACCCGAGCGGCCUCACAUCGCCCCUGAGCGCCCUCAACCUCGCCGCCGGCCAGGAGGGCGCGCUCGCCGCCGCCGGCCAUCACCACCCGCAUCACGGCCACCACCACCCGCAGGCGCCGCCGCCCCCGCCGGCUCCCCAGUCCCAGCCGGCGCCGCGGCCCAGGCGACGUCCUGGUAUCUGAACCACAGCGGGGACCUGAACCACCUCUCCGGCCACACGUUCGCAGCCCAGCAGCAGACUUUCCCUAACGUCAGGGAGAUGCUCAACUCCCACCGGCUGGGGAUUGAGAACUCGACGCUCGGGGAACCCCCCAGACCCGGGAGCAGAGAGAGCGCGCGCGCCAGCCUCAGCCCUCUGCGAAGCUGCAGAGCCAUUAAUAUAAUAUUUAAAGUUGAGUUCACUGGAUCAUUUCUCAUCUUGCCCGACCAUUUCUAACUGCCAAAGUGAAAAUUCAAGAAACCUAUGUGGGGUUUCACCCCUGUACAAUUAUGAGAUAUAAUUCUUUUCCCAGUUAUAGGUCUUUUACAAAACAAGAAAAUAAUUUAUUUUUUGUUGAAGUUGGCGGAUAAAGAAGUCAAGUAUCUGAUACUUUUUAUUUACAAAGUGUGAUGGUGUUGUAUAGUAGGUUCCUCCCCCAGCAUUCCUAAAAGAAAAAAAAAAAACAUUAAAAAUUUAACUUGACCUGUGUUUGUCUUAAUUAAGACCUGUGUGGUCUUAAUUGUUGUACUUGCCUUAAAAUAAACCCAUGUUGUUUUUCUGCCCCCCCCCAAAAAAGGAGUUAUGAAUAUAAACACUUUUUAAUUAUAAAAAUAUUUCCAACAUUGGCAGCAUGAUAUGAACUCCACAAAGUGAGAGCGGUGCUUAAUGAGGUGUGCCUGCACUUACUUGGCUGAACAAGUGCAAGGCACUGGCCUUUCCCAAGCAGGCACUCUGUACCAGGUUGCCCUGGGAGAUCUCUGCCUGUGACUCAGUAACUUGGCCCUUCCUCAGGUGAUUUGGGCGUCAUGCUUACCGUAAUUCCAGAAGAUGGAGGGCUAGUGUAAGAUUUAUUAAAAGCACAUUAGAGAAGCUAGCAGGAAGCUCUUGCUAGCUAUCUGGU